GUGGAAGCCGCUUGUCUGCUGUUUCUGAACUCAGACAUUAUCGGGACAGAAGGACAGUCUGAACUCCCUUCACUCCGUUAAACCUCACUGAAUCAUGGGAAAUGUGUUGACGCCGGUUCAGGACUUUGCUCGGACCUUGACUAGAAACACAAGUGUUAAGACCUGGGGGAGUGAACCAGAGACGGUGCAUGAGGAUCUGCUGCUGUCAAAACUGCUGGAGCUACAGGACGUAGAGCUGUGGAGGGUCCACUGGUGUCUCAGUCAAGACCUCAUCCUGGGCCUCCCCCCCAUCCCCCCACAUUGGCUCAGGUCCGCCGAUGCCUGCGGCACCACCAAAACCAUGCUGAAGUGUUACCAUGAGGAGGGGGCCCUGAAAGUGUUGGAUGCAGCCCUAACGGUGCUUGGCCGAGAUUAUUGGGUCUUCCAUCUCCACAACACUGCAGACCCUCUGAAACCGAGAUUGGCUCCAAAAGCAGACUUUGUAAAAGCUCAGCGCAGGAAGCUGAUCAGCAGGGUGCAGUGGUUGGACUCUGUUUUGGAUGUCCUACAGGACUACAGGAUCCUGAAUGCUGCAAACAGGGAGGCCAUCAACAUCUAUGCAGCCCACAAGGAGAAGAACCGGGCUCUGGUAGACCUGGUACUGAGAAAGGGGAAUGAAGCCCAGGAGGUGUUCUACAUGGCCCUCAGCCAGUCGGAGCCACUCUUGCUGCAUGAACUGGAAGAGAGUCCAAUCAUGGACAAGAAUCCCUCAGAGUCGUGUGUUCUCUCAGAGAUGUUGGAGUUUCUGGUCUCAGAUGAGGUCAGAUGUUUCUGGUGGUUGGUCAGUGAUCACAUGACUGGAGAAAGCCACUCUCCUAUUAGUGAUGAGCAGCUGCAGCACACGGACAGGCCAACGAUACAGAGACUUCUGGGAAAACAUUUCCAAAGCAAAGAGGUGGAGAGCGCCAUGAUGAACAUCCUGUUGAAGAUCGUCCCAACGCUCAGUGUCUGUCUGCGAGAAGAACCGGUGACAUCACAGAGGUCGUCUGACAUCAGACUGGAGAAGGACGUAGACGCGACAGUGGUUGAGAUUACACCUGAAGUCUUUGAGGAUGGCAACAUGUUCAGAUUGCGUUGCCAGCGGCCCGGUGUUUUUCGCUGCAGUCUGACUGGCCUGCUAUUAGAGGGCACCGGCGAUGUGGUCUAUCAGAUGGUUCCCUGGGACGUGGACUUCCUGUCCUCCAAAGGUCUGAGGCCGGCCGGACCGCUGCUCAGGUUCACCCUGCUGACAGGAAGUUUCCACCGGCUCCACCUGCCGCACUGCCAGCUGCUCUCAGACGGGGGUUGUCGCUUGCUGUUUGUAGCUCACGUCACCGGGGACAGCGUGGACAUCAUCGCACCCGAUCAGGUGACGGACAGUCACGUGAUCAUCGACGUCUCCGGCUUCUCGUGUUUCGGUCUGGUGACAUCGUCCGCGUCCGGCGGCGCGAUCAGAGGCCUCGUGCUGCUCUUCUCUCAGCUGAGCGACUGUUCGCUGUUUGUGCUGCUGCUGCCCAGGAACGUCUGCCUCACUCAGGUGAUAAAAGAGUGGAAGCGACGGAUUAGAGCAGACUACGUGGAAACAAUACCCGACUGUGAGCUGAUCCCAAAUCAGAUGUACAAGCUGAGUGGACAGCCCGUCACUUUCAUCCAGCCAGAGAGUUCAAAGUUCGUGAACUUCAACGACUACAACAACUUCCUGCCGUCGUUCCAGGUGCAGCUGGUGGAUGACGUCUGGAGUGUGGAGUUGCAGCUGAGCAGUCACGUGACUUCACUCCCCCUGAUUGGCUGGCUGUUCGGCUCCACAGAGUCUGUGGUGUGGCACAGAGUCGUCCAACUGAGAGCUGCUGCGUCCACACUCAGUAACAUCAACACAUCAUCAGUUUGUAACUCAGAGUUAGUGGAUGUGACCGUCAUGCUGCUCAGCAUUCUGAGCUCUCUUGAGUCGGAGGAUUUAAAAACCUUCCAGCGUCUCCUGAGUCUGCAGUCUGAUCCGAUCCCCGUCAGCCGACUGGAGGCAGCAGACAGGACCAGAACAGUGGACCUGAUGAUCCAACAGUACCACACAGAAGGGGCUAAACAGGUCACUGAGGAUAUUCUGAGGAAGAUGAACUAUAACCAACUGGCUGAUCACCUGCAGAGGAGCUAACUGAUCUGAAACUGACCGAUUUGAAAAUCUAGCCUUGACCCUCUGGGUUUAAAAUAUGCUCAUUUCUAAAAUACCAUUUUUAUCCAAAGUUUCAAAGAAGUUUAUAUACUUCAAAUUGAUUUCUUUGAUGAAUAAAUAUCAGAUUUCUGCUUUAGCUCCAUGUCAUGUUGCUAAAUUGCAGCCUCUGUAUGAGCCCGAGCCUCAGAUCUUCAGGCAGGACUGUGCUGGCUGUUCCUAAAUCCUGGUUCAGGACUGCAGGAGACAGUCAGGAUACCUGAGAGCUUUGUCAGCUUUUUAUCAAUGCCGGCACACUCUUUUAUUUCCAACAUGUUAUCUGUUUUAUGGUUAUUGAUAUGAUCUUAUAUUGCUGUUGGGUAUUUUAUUCAGUUAAAUUUUUGGAUUGUUUUUAAAUUUAUACGGUCUUUAUAAAAUUAAUAUUAAAAAAAUUAAAUUAAAUAUUUCCUUUGCUUCCUGAAAUGUUCAGAAAAAUGCUAUGUAAAUAAACUUUUUUUAUUUUUAACAUUAUUACUAUCCUUAUUAUCAUUAGUGAAAUUGAUCAGCCUUUUUCUAUUGUUCUAUGUUUCUGUAAUUAUUCCUCAUUGA